GUUGUUAGCCAUCUGCCGCUGGUCUGUGACGGUCUUCGCCUCGAGGCUAGUUCGAGUGGCGGCAGGUGACGCAAAUCUGCCGCUCACGUGCCACGCGUGCACUUACCUUUUCAGACCUUCUCGUUUACCAACUCCUUUUCAAUCUGCUGAACGAUUCCUUCCACAAGCGUGCAACUGCACCGGUGUGGUGGGCUGUAAAUUUCCGGGCGGAGGACCAGGGCGCUUGCAGCCCUGCCCUGUGGAGGUCGAAGCUCACUGAUGUCACGACACCGACUCUGGUGUCGCAACCUUCAGGUCAUUCGUGAUCUUCCGUCGUCAGGUUCCGUGCUGCCAAGGGUCAGAGCAAGGCGCCCUGCGACCCCUGUGGCUCCUCGGCUGGAUGCGUGGCGCGAAGUGCCAUUGGUGCAACCCUGGAAACCAUGGUUCGCACUGAACGACUUGACUCAAGUCGGACCGUUUCCACCGCUGCCGUCGCAGCCACCGGAUGCGUAUCGCCUGAGCCUGGGGAAGAUCACGGACACCUUGAGGCUGGACUAUGAGGAGUUCUUUGACCGAAAGCCAGAUUUUAGCAUAUAUGAUCCGGCAGUUGUGCUGCAGCUUCGAAAGCCCUGGAGCGAGCCGAAGCAAAUGGCCGGCUGUAAACAAACUUACGUGGGGAUUGUGAAGGCAAUGCGCACCUUCUGCAAGAAAUUUCUUCACGAGGGUUCAGUGGAGUGCCAGGUCUGCGAUGGUCGACCCUAUGGCUGCGAUUUGCGAGUGCAUUGGACCUGCAAGGGUCACGUCAAUUGGAUAGGUGAAACAUCUGUUAUGAUCUCUGCCAUAUCUCUUUACACUUUGAAGCACUGCGAUGAUGUGGACGAAGACGAACUCGCCUGGCGUGUUCAUAGUCACAUCAUCGAUGUCACCGAAAUUCGACCCUGCUCCUUGCGAAACCAAUUGAUGAACUCAGAGGCUGCUGAACCGAGUUUGAUGGCCUUUGGCGUCGACGGAUGAUGCUUCAGUUCGAG